AUGGGUGCAGGAGGCGGAGGCGGCGCUGCUCCGGGCAUCAUUUUCGACCAACACCAUCAACAGCAGCAACAGCAGCAGCAGCAGCAACAACAACAACAACAGCCAGCUCCUCCACCACCCCCUCCCCCAGCCCCGCCGCAGCAGCAGCAACAGCUGGGAGGUGUGGGCGGCGGCGGCGGCACUCCGCUAGCCGCGCUGGGCCUGUCGGUGCCGGCGCUGCAGGCGGUCAGCGCCGCCGCGGCCGCCGGGGAGCCCGGCGUGCGCUCGGUGCGCGUGUCGACGCCGCUCGACGACGGGCAGGGCCAGGCGCUGCUGCCGGCGCACGUGCGCGCCGUCGACGCCGAGGCGGGCUUCGUGUGCGCCAAGUGCCGGCUGGCGUUCGCGGCGGAGGCGGCGCUGCUGGCGCACCAGCGCGUCGCCUGCUACGCGGGACAGGCGGCCGCCGAGCGGCGCGCGGCCGUGCGCCUGGUGCGCGCGCAGCGCUUCGAGUGCACGCUGUGCCCGGCCGCCGACCUGGGCGCCACGCUCGCCGAGGCGCGCGCGCACGCCGACUCCGAGCCGCACCGCGCACGCCUGCGCGACUCGCCCUCGCUCUCCCACCAGAUGGAGGACGUCGUCAACCAGAUCACGCUGCUGGCCGCCCGAGCCGCCGCCGAGAGCACCGACUCGAACGCCAACAUCGCCACCGGCGCGGGCUCCGUCGACGGCUCGGCCGCCAAGGGCAUGGCGGCGGCGCAGCAGAAGCGCUUCUCGCCGGCGAUGCAGCCGCUCGCUGCCGCCGUACCCAGCACCGGCCAAUAG